AAUAGUAUUCGACUCUCUUUAUACUUUGCACGGUGGUAUUCACUUUCAAUCUAAAAACUAAGGUCUGGCUUUAAAGCUCAUUUAGUUUCAUUAAGUAUAUCCAUUUGAAUAAUUAUAGAUUUGAAGUAUGGAUUUCAAAAGAACCCUUUUUCUUUCGACAAUAGCUUUUGUUAUUUUGGCAAUAAAUUCAGCUGUUAAUGGAAUGGAAGGAAACGUCGCGGAGAGUAGUUAUAGUACACCUCCUGAAGAUAAACCAGAAGACGAUGGUUACACUACUCCACCUAAGCCACCUCCAAUUACAUCAAAGCCUAAAGCAGCUCCAAUAUCAACACCUAAACCAAAAACAACGAAAGGCAAUAAUAUAACCAGUCUUUUAGAAGAGAGAAAAAUUACUACAUCAGAAACUACGACAAAAAAAAUCAUCCAAGCAGCAGUGCGUAAUCCAUGGAUGCCGUAACAGCACAGGUUCAUAUGUGUCCUCCAGCUUUAUCUAAGCAAGCCAAAAACCCCCAAAAACCUGAAACAAAUUCAAAGUUGAGUUCAAUCACAGCUAAAACCACUUCAAAUCAUAAUGCUGAAUCACCAUAGCUCCGUGUUAUAUUUUUAAAAUUCAUAUUAUUAUGUGUAUUUUUUUUUUUUAAUGUAUAUGUUUCUUUUCCAUUAUGUUUACAUGUUCAGAUUUUCCCAACAACUUAUUUUCCACAACAAUAUGUCUUAUAAAUUAUAUUAUAUGUCCAAUAUCGUUUUAUUACCAAUAAAAAAUCCAUAUUUACCGUA